UCUCACUCGCCGCAGUCCAAACAGGCAAACGCACUCGCAUCUCCAAUUCGGUCCGAAUUUUUCCAAAUUCCAAUUGCUCAUCGCGCUUCGAAUUCGUUGCCGAGAUCCAUCCAAUCUUUGAGUUAAGACAUGCCGUCAGAGUUCGUCGCCGCCAGGAAGAAGCCGCCGCCGGAGUUGUUGUUCGCCGCCGGUCGGAAGAAGCAGCAGCCGCCGCCGCCUGGCAUGGCGUUCGUGCCGUCGGAGUUCGCCGCCGCCGGCGUUGGCAGGAAGAGGCAGCCUGCGCCGCCGGUGGAGAUACGCCGGGUGUGGGCGCACAACGUGGAGGAGGAAUUCCGGAUCAUCCGCAACGCGAUCGAUCACUUCCCGUACGUGUCCAUGGACACGGAGUUUCCCGGCGUGAUCCACCGCCCGACCAAGCACCCCGCCCUGCUCACCGCCGGCGACCGGUACGACCUCCUCCGCCGCAACGUGGACGCGCUCCACCUCAUCCAGGUGGGCAUCACCCUCGCCGCGUCCCCCACCGCGGCGCCCGCGCUCGCCUUCGAGAUCAACCUCUCCGACUUCGACCAGCGCGUCCACCGCCACGCCGCCGAGUCCGUCCAGCUGCUGGCGGAGCACGGCGUGGACCUCGCCGCGCACCGCAGGCACGGCGUCAGGGCGAGCGCGCUGGCGCCGCUGCUCAUGUCGUCGGGCCUCGUCUGCUCCCACGGCGCCGUCAAGUGGGUCACCUUCCACUCCGCCUACGACUUCGCCUACCUGGUCAAGCUCCUCAUGGGGCGGAAGCUGCCGAGGUCCAUGGCCGAGUUCCUGAACCUGGUGCGCGUCUUCUUCGGCGACGAGGUGUACGACGUGAAGCACAUGAUGCGGCACUGCGGCGGCGAGCUGUACGGCGGGCUGGAGCGCGUGGCGGCGGCGCUGCAGGUGAAGCGCGCGGCGGGGCGGUGCCACCAGGCCGCCUCCGACAGCUUGCUCACCUGGGACGUCUUCCGGCGGAUGCGGGAGCUCUACUUCCUCAAGCAUGGCGUCGAGGCCUACCAAGGCGUGCUCUUCGGCCUGGAGCUCGACAUGGACAUGCCCAGCAACAAAACACCCUCGCUGCCGCUGGUGGCAGCGAGAUGAUACGAUCUCCUCUCCUCCGCUGUAAAAUUUGUUGAUUCGUCGUCUGCAAGAAAGGAUUUCUUUCGGCAGAUGUACAGUAAUAAUAAGAGGGAAAAAAAGAUGGUUUAAUUGAUUGGUUAAAUUCGGUUGA